AUGACCUCAGAGAUUCUGAGCUCGCCUCGUGACGUCACGAGCUAUGCCCAUGAGCUCAGCAUAAAGAGAGGAUGGACGGUAUUGGGGGUUCAGGCUUAUAACCCUGCGUUAAGGAAGCUAAAGCACAGUUGUUUCAUAAUUUAUCAGAUUGGCCUUGACAAGUUUGAUAAUCCUAAGUUCGAUAUAUUGAGGAAGGUGCAGCCCUACCAAAGCUUGCCUAAACCUUCCAUCCACAUGAAUCGAACUCUUUCCGGCAAAAGAAGAAGCACCGGCAACACCGGCCGUAGCCGGUUCAACUUUGGAAGCAUCCGCAGCUUUCAGCAGCCCCUUUUGAGCAAGAAGAUGAACCGAGUGAUCAAGAGCGAGAACUCGGCCGCCGCCGCUCAUGAGUCGGCAGGCAGACAGCGCAUCGCCGUCGGAGAGCAGGUGUCCGAUUGGGGCGAAACAACCCAGGACGAGACCAUCUCGGACAUCUCGGAUAAGCUUGGUGUGCUUCUGGCGGAGAUGGGCGAGGAGGAGGACGUCUUUGCUCAAAAUCUGGAUGAAUAUCGCACCGUCCUCAAGCAUAUUCGCGACACGGAGGGCUCUGUCCAGCCGACCCGUGACCAGCGAGCUAAGAUUUCGGAUGAGAUCCAGCGCGUCAAGUUGAAGGAUCCCAAUAGCCACAAAAUAGAGACUCUGGAACAGGAGCUCGUUAGAGCCGAGGCUCAGAAUCUUGUCGCUGAAGCACAGUUGAUUAAUGUGACCAGGCAGAGAUUCAAGGAGGCAUACAGCGUCCACCUGGCUGCUGUCAUUGAGCGAAGCGAAAAGCAGGCUCUCCUUGCCCAUCAUGGUCGUCGUCUGCUAAACUGCAUCGAUGAUACCUCCGUUGUCCCCGGAGACGAGGCAAGGGCGUAUGUGCAUGGCGCCGAGGCCAAGCGAAUAAUUGAACAGGCCGAACAGGACAUACGCUCUUGGAAGAUACAAAUGGAGCCCGUCCACGUUGAAGACUCUGGGGCGCAAGCUCUUCCCACGGGAGUCUCACCACCGUCUUCUGGUCGUGGAGCCCGCGUGACAACCACAACCGAUUCCCAGGCAAUGGAAUCCCAGGGAGCAGAAACUCGUGAAUUUGAGCCUCAGGCAAUGGGAGCUACAAUGGGAACCGGGGCGAUGGGCCCUCAGGCCAUGGAGCCUCAGGAAAUGAGACGUCGUGAUAUGGAAGCCGAGGAGAUGAGACGUCAAGAGAUUGAGGCUCAAGAAAUGCGGCGUCAAGAGAUGGAGGUCCAAGAGAUGAGACGUCGUGAAAUGGAGGCUGAGGCAAUGCGGCGUCAAGAGAUGGAAUCCCAAGAAGUUAGGCGCCGUGAAAUGGAAGCUGAGGCAAUGAGGCGUCAAGAGAUGGAGUCUCGUGAGGCUGAGUAUAUGAAGGGAGAAUCUGAAGACGUCCAGGCAGCAGAUACUCAGGCAGAGGACACUUCUGCUUGGGAGGACUACUCCCAGGUUUCGCCUACAAAUGCAGCCCCUCGCGAAAGAGUCCAUAGCAUGGCCGCUCCAAUGAUGGAUGCCGAUGUCUUGGAGGCACGGAAUGCAGCUGCUUCAGGAGCGGACCGUGGUCUAAACAGAGGUCAGGAGAUGGGCGGUGCUAAUGGCGUGAAGGGCUUGGGUGAGAAACAAAAGGCCCCAACCAGAAAUAACCAGAGCGCCAAUGGCGGCAUUUCGGACAACCCAGAAUUCACCUUCCGCCCAAAGAAGAGAGGAGACCACCUUGGGACUCCCCUAGAUGCCCAUGUGCAGCGCGUUGCAGUUCCCAUUUAG